CAACAUUGUUGAAUUGUUCCAUGAAAUUUCACUGGCAAGAAGCAACCACUAUCUAAGGGCAAGGAAGAAAAUAGCAAACAAAAUAGAAGAGUCAUUGACCCAAGUCUUCUUUUAAAAGUUAAAUAAGCAGAAAACACAUGACUUGUUGAGAAUCAUGUCUUUAAAAACCACAGAAGUUAUCUCAACAAUGUGCUUCUCAAGAAAAUUGUUCCACCACUCCUCUCUACUCUCAUCUCAAUUUCUUCUUCAUCUGUUUUUCUCUCUUUGAUAACAUCUCAAAUCUUGAACUUGUCUUCGACUUUUCAAUAUGCCUUAUAACGGUUCUUCCUCCAAAAAGUCAUGUGCUUGUCACAGCAUAGUGAGUCUAGGCGUCACAGCUCUGAUCCUCUGGCUAAGUCUACGUACCACGAAGCCUAAAUGUUCCAUCGGAGAUGUUUAUGUGCGAGGCCUUGACAAAUCGGUAAACUCCAACAACAAUGCAACGAUGCGGGACAACAAUCUGUCGUUUCAGCUCAAUCUGAAGAACGAAAUGAAGGACAAGGGGGUCCGCUACUUCGAUAUUAACCUCAAAUUCUACUAUGGUACAAACACUAGUUACCCUAUUGGUAAUCAUACAUUUGAUGGAUUUAAACAAGGCAAAGAUAAAGAAGCUUUUAAAAGUGGCAUGAUUGAGACUCAUAAUAUGCCAUGGGAUGAUGCAAUUAAGGCUGUUUCAAACGGAUCUAAGGCAAUUUUUAGAGUUGAUGUGAGUAGUAGAAUUAAGUACAAAAUUACAUUUUGGUAUACUAAGAAACAUCAUUAUUUUGUGGAGAAUAAGGUUGAAGUUGAUGAUACUGGUAAAUCUAGUGCACAACAACUUCAUUGUUGUUUUGGGGUUUUUGGACUUACAUUAUUUGUUUUAUCAUUUUUACUUUAAUAUAUUAGUUUUGGGGUUCAUGAAGGAGAAGAA